UUUGGAUGCAGUAUUGGUUUGGAUUUUGGAUUUCCUAUUGCUAUUGUAUUGCAAUUUAGUUGUUGAUUCAAGAAUUAAAUUGAUGUAAAAUCCAGCAAAGGCACCUUGUUGCAAAUAGACUCAUUAUCACUUUCCAAGAUGAUGGCUGGAAAAGUACUCCCAGAAACAGAGGAACAGAAUAGAAUACGAUUUCAGAUAGAGCUGGAAUUUGUGCAGUGUCUGGCGAACCCAAAUUACAUUCAUUUUCUAGCUCAGCGAGGAUAUCUGAAAGAGCAGACGUUUGUGAACUACCUGCGGUACCUUCAGUACUGGCGCGAGCCGGAGUACGCCAAGUACCUCAAGUACCCAAUGUGCCUUCAUUUCCUGGAACUUCUUCAGCAUGAAGCAUUCAGAAGAGAAUGUGUUUCAGCACAGGUGUGCAAGUUCAUGGACGACCAAGCGAUCCUGCUGUGGCAGCACUACACGCGGCGUCGCACGCGCACGCUGCAGCCGCCCGACGCGCCGCCGCCGCCCGCGCCCCCCGCCGCCCUCUCCGGGGCCCCGCGCCAGCAGUCCUAGAUCUUGUACCAUGAGGUUGGUGACCAAUCAGUCCUAGAUCUAGUACGAUGAGCUCGGUGACCAAUCAGUCCUAGAUCUAGUACGAUUAGCUCGGUGACCAAUCAGUCCUAGAUCUAGUACGAUGAGCUCGGUGACCAAUCAGUCCUAGAUCUAGUACGAUGAGCUCGGUGACCAAUCAGUCCUAGAUCUAGUACGAUGAGCUCGGUGACCAAUCACUCCUAGAUCUAGUACGAUGAGCUCGGUGACCAAUCAGUCCUAGAUCUAGUACGAUGAGCUCGGUGACCAAGCAGUCCUAGAUCUAGUACGAUGAGCUCGGUGACCAAGCAGUCCUAGAUCUAGUACGAUGAGCUCGGUGACCAAUCAGUCCUAGAUCUAGUACGAUGAGCUCGGUGACCAAUCAGUCCUAGAUCUAGUACGAUGAGCUCGGUGACCAAUCACUCCUAGAUCUAGUACGAUGAGCUCGGUGACCAAUCAGUCCUAGAUCUAGUACGAUGAGCUCGGUGACCAAUCAGUCCUAGAUUUAGUAUGCUGUAGUUGGUGGCCAACGUUUGAAGAUAAUAUGUGCCAGGAACCACUUUGAUUUUAGCCAAAAGACCAAGAAAAACAAGACACAUUGGACGGUGACUCUUAUUUAUGGUGACUUAUAGGUCACUCGAUUGAGCAUAAUCAUACUACAAUUAAUAGGUUGCAGUGCCGCUCUCUGGGCCCACUGGCAACCCCUGGUGCCAGCAAUCCUAGACCUUGUACUGAGGUUGGUGGCCAACGUUUGAUAUAUGCCAGGCCAGGACAGUCACAACUAAGACACAUUGGACAGAGAUCGAUGUUAGUGGCCAUGUUUGAAGAUGAUUAUGCCAGGUUCAGUCAUAAGAUUUUAGAAGAAUAAUGUAAUCAGUUGCUGGAACUCAACGAUUACCUACUGAGACCAUUAAAACACUGGCACAAACUGAUUAAUUUUUUUUUUGAUGUACGAUGAACAGUACAAGAACUAACUGUGCUAGAUAGCAUGCUAUUGUGGAUGUAAUAUUGUACAUUUUGCAAAGUGUUAGUGUUGAUCGACUGUUAACAAUGUGUAGAAUCUGUUUUAAAGAGACUGAGGUUGUAAAAGCAAAUUGUAGAUUAUAAGUUAAGAUGAGAUAGUUUUGAGUAUUUUAUAUUAAAUUAAUGUUUAUUGUA